CAGGAUCCUGGAGUUCAGGCUCAUAAGUUUUCAUUUUUGCAGUCCAGUUUUGACAUGGUCUUCACAAACUGCUCCUGCAGCAGUGAGGAUCCCGAUGGGAUGCUAUCGCACUUGAAAUGUGGUUUGAGCAAAAGUGUGAAAAGGCCGUCCUUCAAUAUCGAGCUGCAAUUCCAAAAGCCGGUGGCUAAGUUCUUUGUGAACAUGAGGAUUGUUUUACCCCGAAAAUUUGGCGACGACUUUACGCUGUUUAAUCUAUCCGGAAUCGAUGGUUGCAGUCUGCUGUCGAACAAGAACCAGAUCGCCUUCAUCCAACUGGGCCGCAAGCAUAUGGAUCGAUUUAGUAACGUACCCAAGCGAUGUCCUUGGCCCAAGGAUGUGAACUACUAUAUCCGUGGAUUUCGUUCGGAUAUGGCUACCAUGCCCGCCUUUAGUUUCGAAACGGACAUGAAUCUGUGGUUCGAGUUUGUUGUGAAUCACCACAAGCUGAUUCGCGGAUUUAUUCAGAGCAGAGUGCAACGCAGAAAGAAUGCCAAAGGCGCUGCUGGCGGGGAUUAA